ACACUCUGCAUGGACACAGUGCAGAAAUCCAGUCUUUAGUGUGCAAAAAGACCGGACCGCUGGAGUUUCUCACUGUCUCAGCUGAUCGUUCCCUCAGGUCAUGGAGCGUCACCACAGCAAUGGAAACCCCUCGCUGCCAGAAAGGCAUUGUCAGAGUUGUGUACUUCCUGGGUACUGAUGAUCUCAUGGUGUGUGGUUAUGACACAGGCAGAUUGGAGAUAUGGCAUCAGAAUUCAAUAGUUUACUGUAAGAAGGUAAGGGAUGCCGGACGAUGAGCUGGCGGUCAGUUGCAGCGACUGCUCUGUCUGUAUCUGGAAGCUGGAGCGGGACUCCAAGAAGUGCAUUAUGGGGCUCGAUAAGGUGUCUUCAUACAAAGUGGAGUCUCCUUUGAGCUUUUUGUUUUACUGUGGCAGUCUGUUUGGAGUGUAUAUGGGUGGAACAGUCACUGAUGUGCUCUCUAGUAAAGCAGCUUAUAACUGGUUAAGAAGGGUAUGUCCUCUCGGCGUGAUGGCGAAUGACAGCAAGAGCUUUUGGCUGUUGGGCCAGAAACAGGGCGUUCUGUACGUUGGCCUCGUUUUGUCUCUGAAUCCGAGUGUGUCAGACUUCUUCUUAGCCUUUUGUGAUGAUGCGAUAAGUAAAAAGCCAAAGGACUUAGAGAUAGAGGAGGAAAUAGAUGAGCAGCAGGAGGAGGAGCAGCAGCAGGAGAAGCUGAGUGAGGAACAGCGGAGAGAGAGGCAAACUGCAAUCCAGAGGGCGGCACAGGUCAGCUCCUGGAUCACAGCCGCAGCAGCGCAGAACGACUUUUUUGUGUGUGGUGAUUGUAAAGGGAACAUGUGGUUUAACCAGCCUCCUAAUCUGUCCACCUGGACUCAAAGAAGACCGGCACACACAGACAAAGUGAGUGUACUGCGGCUUACAGAGAGCCUCAUCAUCUCAGCGUCUCAUGACAGAACCGUCAAACUGUGGGACAGACGAACUAAGAAACAGGUGGGCAUGUUUGUGUGUGGAGGCCCUGUCAAGGUUCUGGAGGUGAACCCAUGUGACCCCAAGAAAUUUGUUUGCAGUGAUACGCAGGGUCAGCUGUACUUCCUGUCUUGGAAAGGUUGAUUUCCUGAACAUCAGUCAAAGGACACAGUCACUUGUUGCAUGUCAUUAUUUGUACAUUCGUAAUCUUUAAUCUUUUUUCCAUCAGUUGUAAUGUUGCAUUCUGUACAUUUUCAUUUUAUUUUACAUGCAUGAAGCAUUUUGCACUAAUGAUAAUAUUGCCUUAAACUAAGCCAUAUGAAGAAUAUUUGUGUUGAUUUUAUUAUAUACAUUUUACUGCCACUUGAUUACAUUGUCAGUUGAUUUUUGUUAAGGGUUGUACAUGUAAAAAGCUAUUCUGGGUGAGUAAACGGUCUGCAGGUUCACAUGGGGAACAGCAGAUGUCCACUGAA